UCAACCGGCAAGUCGAAAGGAGUUCGAGCGUCAGCAGAUCCCGAUUCCCAUGAUCAAAGGGAGACUCCUCGGCCUGAUGUCUUCUGUAGUGGCCCCAGCCCAAGAGUUCAACAAGAUGGAGACCAAGAAGGUGGAGCUGAUUUUGGUAAAGGAACUGAAUGGCGUGCAGUUUACCAACUCGGCGCUUGUCCCGUCGACUGGGGAAAGGGAGGACGAGAACCAAACUCGUGAGACCUGGGCUAAGAAGAUCGAUUUUCUCCUUUCAGUUGUCGGCUUUGCGGUGGACUUAGCCAAUGUCUGGAGAUUCCCAUAUCUCUGUUAUCGCAACGGCGGAGGGGCUUUUCUCGUUCCUUAUUUAUUCUUCAUGCUCAUCGCUGGAAUGCCACUGUUUUAUAUGGAAUUAGCGCUGGGCCAAUUCAAUCGACAAGGCGCUGCGGGGGUUUGGAAGAUCUGCCCCAUAUUUAAAGGAGUUGGCUUCACAGUGAUCUUGAUUGCAUUGUAUGUCGGUUUCUAUUACAAUGUCAUCAUCGCCUGGGCUCUCUAUUACCUUUUCUCAUCCUUUACAAUGGAACUCCCCUGGAUCCACUGCAACAACAAGUGGAACAGCCCUAAUUGUUCCGAAAUCACCAACUUUACCCAGCAAAACUCAUCCACAAAAUAUUAUGAGUACAAAAACAAUCCCGCAGCUGAAUAUUAUGAACGGAGUAUGCUUCACCUUCAUGAAAGUGCGGGGAUCCAUGAUAUUGGCAAACCCAGGUGGCAGCUCACUUGUUGCUUAUUUGUGGUCAUUGUCAUCCUCUACUUCAGCCUCUGGAAGGGAGUUCGAACAUCAGGCAAGGUUGUCUGGAUUACGGCCACAAUGCCUUACAUUGUUCUCACAAUUCUGCUGCUUCGUGGAAUCACUCUCCCUGGAGCGAUAGAUGGAAUCAAAGCAUAUCUAAGUGUUGACUUCUUACGGCUUCGUAAGGCCUCGGUUUGGAUAGAUGCAGCCACACAGAUAUGUUUCUCUCUUGGAGUGGGUUUUGGUGUACUAAUAGCAUUUGCCAGCUAUAACAAAUUUAAUAACAAUUGCUACAGGGAUGCCAUCAUUACCAGUUCUGUCAAUUCUGUGACGAGCUUCUUCUCGGGCUUUGUUGUCUUCUCUUUCCUGGGCUACAUAUCAAAACAACGCGGAGUGCCUCUGGAGGAUGUGGCCACCGGAGAGGCUGGUUUGGUCUUCAUCAUUUACCCAGAAGCAAUUGCCACUCUUCCUGGUUCAUCAGUAUGGUCAGUCAUCUUCUUCAUCAUGCUUCUGACACUCGGACUGGACAGUGCAAUGGGCGGCAUGGAAUCGGUCAUCACAGGAGUGAUUGAUGAAUUCAAGUUCCUGCGUAACCACAGAGAGAUCUUCACACUUUUCAUCAUUACAAUUACUUUUCUGGUGUCUCUCUUCUGCGUUACUAAUGGUGGUAUCUACGUGUUCACCUUGCUUGACAAGUUUGCAGCAGAGACGUCCAUUUUAUUUGGAGUGCUAAUAGAAACCAUCGGAGUCUCCUGGUUUUAUGGAGUUGAUCGCUUCAGCAAUGACAUUGAAAAGAUGAUUGGUACAAGACCUGGCUUAUACUGGAGGCUGUGCUGGAAAUUUGUCAGCCCCUGUUUCCUUCUGACCGUUGUGGUCAUCAGUAUUUCAACAUUUAAUCCACCAGAAUAUGACAAUUACAUCUUCCCAGACUGGGCCAAUGUAAUUGGAUGGUGUAUUGCUACAUCUUCCAUGGCACUCGUGCCCAUCUAUGCCGUGUACAAGUACGCCAGUCUGCCUGGGUCUCUGCGUAAGAAGUUAGCUUUUGCAAUCACAUCCGAGAAGGACUAUCACCUGCUGGAAGAUGGAGAGGCCCGUCAGUUUACGCUGCGCCACUGGCUCAUCGUCUGAGAAUUAACGGCACUGGGCAAGGACGAGUGCAUAAAAACCAAAAGAGGCAGGAAAAAAUCCUUCACUGCUCACCAACUGAGUUACAACAAAGUAACUCAGUAAGUUGUACUUAAUGCAUGGUAUGUGUUCUGUAAGUGAUGCUACAUUGUCUGUGCCACAGGGCAUUCUUACAUUUCUUUGACGCUGCUAGCUGCAUUAGUCAAAAGAAAUUGCAAGCUGGAUCUGUUUUCCAUGGCCCAGAGGUUUUGAUUAUCCCAUUGUUGCCAAAAUACUUGCUGUUAAUUACUAUAUUUAACAAACCCAUUGCAAUUUACAAGAGUUGGUUUUAUCUGUACUUCAUAUGUACACUGACUGGAGGCCCAGUUAUUAGAUAUUAAAGUAUGUUUUUCUAUCAACCAACCUGCUUCCCACACUCUCACAUUUGAGCAGAGGUGGGUGGAUUCAGCUUUCAUUCACAACUUCAAGCAUCAUUUGUGAUUCUUUCUUUGAGCGUGGCUCUGUCACUUUAAACUGUGGUAAUAAAUUGAGGCCCUGCCUGACAGUUCAAUUGGAUCAAAUAAAUAUUUGCACAACCAUUUAAUUCUCUCUGAAGGAUAAUUAUUGGGAAAUAAUCCAAUCAAUAGCAUUAAAUCAGAUUAUCUGGGCAUUGUUUUGAGCAAAUUGGGAGACUUGUUCCCACCUUAACUACAGUUCAAAAGUACGUCAUUAGCUUUCAAAUAUCCUGAAAUUGACAUAGAAGGUGCUAUAUAAAUGCAAGUUUAUUUUAAAUUAUCUGUUUUACCAACCUCAAGCUUCAAAAUGUUGAAAUUCCACUGUCAUGAAAGGCACAGGAACUGUUCAUUCACAGGUGUCCAAAAUUCAUGACUGUCUAACACAAGCAGCUAAUAUUCUUUUACACUUUAAAGUAGAGGAAGUGCAUCCUCAUUUACAUUUAGAUUUAUCAUUUUAAUCAACAUCAGCAUGUUGAACAAGACUGUUAGCUUUACAAAUGUGCUACUCAAUAUUUGUCACGUUGUUUAACACAUGAUCAUAAAUCAUUAAAUACUUUCUUAAUUAGUAAACACAAGGCCAAAUCAUCAUUGCAAAAAAUGUUGUCUGUUGCUGAUAUCAAUUAUAAGUACUUAAGUGAACAGGCAUUUGAGUGAUGGUCAACUUAGUAAAGUCAGAUUAUGUAAGGUUUAGUAUUUGAGUCUAUAAAAAAGACAGAUGCCUUGAAAUCAACCGGCAUAACACUUAUAUAUGUUCAAUAUUCUAAGAUGAUAACAAUUGUGUACAUGUAAUUUUGUGUCACUCUAAUAACUGCAACCUUGAUGUGAUUUCCAAGUGAGACACACAAAAUGUCAUCCCCCAAGCACUUUUGGAACAUUUCAAGGGAACUUGAACAAGGUUGUCCUGUGCACCUGACAGUUAGCGCAGCAGAGCCAACACAGCCUUACUCGUGCAGACUAGAGAAGUGAAUCACUUAGUUUGAUUCUUGCAAACCAAAUCCAACCCAACCUGGCUAACAUGCCAGUACCAACUCGUUGCUCUUCUCUUUUCUCCUCCGCAACCUUAUUCAUCUGUCACCUCCAACAAACACCCCAAUCACGCCAUCAGACACCUGUUUCCUACCCACCCCAGCCAAAAUUCAGUCCAGCCCAUCAUGCUUGUACUCUUCAAGUACCCAUGGAGAGGAGGAUGAACAGCAUAUUUCCAUGUUACAAAAUGUGCAGUGACUAAUCUGUGGCACUCGAGGCUGAACAGUUUCAGUGGGGAUUUGGCAUCACGCAGCUUUAUACCCCUGCAGCAUCUGAACAGGAGGAGUUGGACCGCAUCUCAUCAAUGUCUCACUGAUUACUGUAACCCAUUUCCUAUUUAUACAACUGAGGAGAUGGAAGAGGAAGUAUACGUUUGAAUAUUGGUAAUAAAAAGAGUACAUAAUCCCUGACCAAAGACUUCUUCUUCUUCUUG